AUGUCACCCACCACGGGUGUACCAACAGCCCUCCCUCAGAUCAUUCCUCGACUUUGUGGGGGGCUGUCACCAGCUGAAGGAGUAGGAAGAGCUUGAACAGGUUUUAUGGGCAGAUAUCAGUGGACAUCAGAGUGUUUCAGUCAAGACUGAAAGGAACAGAACCUAGCCUAAAUUAAGGAGGAUUUACUAAGAAGAUACUUGGUGUUGUCAUGGCAAUGACGACUCUCUAAGCUUAUGGGAAAUUGAGUUGACAUCUGGAAAAGCAAGAGUAACGAGGCCGUAUCAAUUUAGACAGAAUGGUUGAUCAGCUCCAGGGAACAUGGAAAUCCAUUUCUUGUGAAAAUUUUGAAAAAUAUAUGAAAGAGCUGGGAAUAGGAAGAGCCAGCAGGAAACUUGCCUGUCUGGCAAAACCCACGGUGACCAUCAGUACCCAGGAGGAUAUGAUCACUAUAAAAACCAAAAGCAUCUUUAAAAAUAAUGAGAUCUCCUUUAAACUGGGAGAAGAGUUUGAGGAAACCACGCCAGGUGGCCAUAAGACCAAGAGUGUGGUAACUUUCGAUAAGGACUCUUUGAUUCAGGUUCAAGACUGGGAUGGCAAAGAGAACACCAUAAGGAGAAAGUUGGUGGAUGGGAAAAUGGUGGUGGAAAGUGCCGUGAACAAUGUUAUCUGCACUCGGACGUACGAGAGAGUACAAAAAAACUCAGUCUGAAACUCUUAAGCAUCCCCAAACUGUGAUCCAAACUGCUGAGGUUAUUUAAAUAAAACU